AUGUCCCCAAUGUGCUUAAUUGGUGGAUUGAAAACGUCAGUUUCUAUGAAGCUCGGAAAAGAGGAAGCCUUUUAUGCAGCCGGCACAGCCAUCGUUUUGACAUCACCCAAGGCAAGGGAUAUAAGUGCAGUUGUUUGGAUGGUUACCACGGGAACCCUUACCUUCCUAAGGGAUGCCACGAUAUGCAUAUCAAUGAGUGUGAAGACCCAAACAACAAUUGCCGAAGUGAAGCUAUUUGCACCAAUACGCUGGGCAGCUACAGGUGCAGUUUCCCACAUGGUUAUCAGAUCUAUCACAAUGCAAGUGGAUAUUUUGGAUGCAAAUCUAAUGGAGGAAGGUCACCAUUUACCCAAAUUGCCUCUUUAG